AUGUCGGUAAGAAAUCGUACGGCAUCGUGUUCCGACAGAAUAAGACCAGAGCACCUGAAGAACCUUCCGUCAGUUCUCAUCGACACCCUGGUGAGACUCUUCACUCGUUCACCUGUCGGAAUGCAAGGUCCCCAAACAUUGGAAGACCAACGAGAUAGUGUGUAUAAGAAGGGAGAUUCACAGGACAUUGACAACUAUCGCCCAAUCUGCUUAGUGUCCGUCAUCUACAAGCUCUUUACAAGAGUGGUCUUUAAUAGGCUUGGAAAAGUGUUGGAUGAAGGAUAG